AAACCAAUGCCCCCCUGCUAAACUCCUCUGGAACCAGGGCUGGAUAAAAAGUAUACUUAUGGUCAGAAGGAAUUAUUUUGUCUUUGUUUUGGCUGUAUUCCAAUUUUAUAGUCAGAGUGUACAAUUAAACCAAUAAAAUAAUGUAAUGUUUUUUUAAGUUUUACAUACUUGGUAUUUUUUUAGGUCUUCCUCAUUUUUCUGCUGGGAUUUUCCGUUGUUGGGGUAGAGAUACUUUCAUCGCUCUCAGAGGACUCAUGCUUAUAACAGGGAGACACACUGAGGCACGCAACAUCAUCCUGGCUUUUGCUGGAACCUUGCGUCACGGUUUGAUCCCCAACUUGCUGGGAGAGGGUCGCAAUGCCAGAUACAACUGCAGGGAUGCUGUGUGGUGGUGGCUGCAGUGCAUUCAGGACUAUACCAAUCUCGUUCCUGAGGGACAUGAAAUUCUGCGUUGCCCUGUCACCCGCAUGUACCCCACAGAUGACUGUGAGCCCUGCAAACCAGGGGAGGUGGAGCAGCCAUUGUAUGAUGUCAUCCAGGAGGCACUGCAGCGCCAUCUGGAGGGUAUUUCUUUCAGAGAGAGAAAUGCUGGACCCAAGAUAGACAGGAACAUGAGAGAUGAAGGGUUCAAUGUGGUUGUUAAAGUGGACCCAGCAACAGGUUUUGUUACCGGAGGAAACCGCUUCAACUGUGGCACUUGGAUGGAUAAAAUGGGAGAGAGUGACAGAGCGAGGAAUAAGGGGAUGCCUGCAACUCCUAGGUACUUCAUCCAGAUGCAUGUCUUAAGUCACAUAGAGCUCAUUUGUCUGAUUUCUGAUAGGUUCCAUUUGAUGGCAGAUUUUGAACCUAAGAGCCUUUGAAAUUAUCAACAAAAAGCCGGUGAUUCAAACAACAGUGUUCACCUGUGUUGUCUUUAGUCCCUGUUACGUCAUUUACUGAUUUUCUGUUCCAACAUAUCCUGGCCCAGUGUCUCAUUUUAUGGCAGUUGUGACACACAGUUUUCUUUGCAGGGCACAUAUUUCUAGAAUGCUGUGCUUUUCCAGAUUUGUACAUUUGUUUUCAUUUCCUUGCUGCUUACUGUGUUGUGGUUUCCAAUGCAUGCAUCUAUUCUUAUGGUGGACCUCCUCCACUGAUCUCUCCUUGUCGCCCUGUUGGCUCACCUGAGCA